CACUGACAUUUUCCCCUUGUUUUCAUAUGAAUUGGGUAUCCCACUGACAGUUCUGCUUGAGAUUUUGCUAACGAUCCUAGCAUCAAUCAUAGCACCCGGCUGAACGGCUCUAAAUAACAACAACAAUCGAGCGUAGUAUUGGAGAACCGCCCCUGCGAUGAGCUACCAGUGCAAACUGGUACUCACGCUGUCGCUGCUGGCGACCGGCGUGAGCUUAGCGAGCACCUCGUUGGACAAAGCGAUCGGCUCCGGUGCGCUCCCGAAAGCACACGAUCCACUGUUCAACAAAAUGCUUGCGGAGAAGUCGGACAUUCCGAUGGCACAGAAUCCCAUCUUCAACAAGAUGCUUCAGGAGAGCCACUCGAAGGAAAACCUGAUCGACGACGACGAUGACGAUGCGCUACUGCCGCCGCGCAAAGCGCUUGAUCUGAACCCAAAGUAUGCCAAGCAUGCGCCGCCGAAGAAGAUUACCGUUGAUCAGCAGCAUCCCAAGGUGGAGUCUACGACAAUGGGAAUCAUUCCUAUCGAGAAUUCCAUCGCUAAGGACAGUUUCGAUGACGAGGACGACAGCUACGAAGAUGAAAGUGAUCUGUUGACAGGGGAUGACGUUGAUAGAACGGACGCUGAAAUACUGCCACAGAUUGAAGAUCUGUCUGAUGUAAAGUUCUCUCAACCUUCGAUAACAGAAACUCCUCGCGCAGAAUCAAAAACGGUUGUUGAGUCGAAGAAGCAGUCACCUAGUAGUACUACUGCUAGGGCUCCAAGUGCUUCCAGCACAGCUGCGCCUGAUGACGAGUACUACAAUGACGACGAUGAGGACAGUAUUGAGCUGGAGAGCGAAAAAAUCGAUCCCCUAGCAAUCGACAAACUCCUCGCGCAGAACCCUCCCAAAUCGACAACCGAAUCUCCCAAGUCGUCGACCGCCGCCAAACCCAAGCCCAAGAGUUCCACCACAACCAAGGGCACUACAGCUGUCGAUAACGAGAUCUUAGAUGAAAUCACCGACGACGACGAAGACUAUCAAUACGAUGACGAGGACACCGAGAACGAAAAACUCGACCUCGAUGCCGUCGACAAGUUGUUGUCCCAGAGGAAGCAAAAGCAGAAGGAGGGUGGUGCUGCUGCUGCUGUCACUGCUGGAUCAAGCGCUGGCAAGAAAACAGACGGCAAACACGGCGUAAGUCGCUUUGUUCGCUUGAGCAUGUGCGGAGUUGGUUGAGGAAUGGGUUGUGUA